UGGAGCCCGCGCGGCAACACCUGUUCGCGGCCGCAGGGCGCACGCGAUCUGUGGACACGGCUCUCUCGCUCGCCUCCGGCCGUCUGCGCUGAACCAAUGGACCUCCGCCGAGCCGCCGCACGAUUCCGGAUUCCAGUUUUGGACGCCUAAAGUUUUUGGUUUUUGUUUUAUUAUAUUAUUAUUAUUAUUGUUUUGUUUUGGAGGGGGGAUCGGGAGGGGAGAGUCUUCAACGCCACCAACGUGAGAUUCCACCCCCCCACCCCCCACCCCCCACCCCCGCUCUGGAAGGAUUCCUGCUGAUGUCUGCAUAGUCGGUUAGAGUAAAAACGGCGCAUGCCUUCCCCGGAGUCAGGACCCGUGGAUUCUGACGUAGCCCGUGCAUCUUAAAAUCCUAUAAUAACGCCUAGGCAUUGAAGUUGCCAUGGCCAUUCCGAUCUGGAACCAAAUGGAGAAACUACGAAAUUUCUUCCAUACGACCGCCGGCUGGGAUGCAGACCUUCCUGCCUGCUAGGAGCCGGGGCUCUGCCCAUAGAGAUGCAUAGAUGUGUUUAUCAGUGUGUCGGCGUGUGAGUAUACAGCGCUGGUUUCUUUAGGCUAUUAGUGGUUUGACCUUGAACCUGUACCAGUGAAACGGCAGAUUACUUUUAUUUAUGUAUUUCAUGGAUUGAAGAAAAUAACGUGUUUUUUCCCCCCUCUCUGCAACCGCAGUAAGGGAGGGGAGUUGAAUAUACCUCGCCUAAGAUUUCCCGGGUUGGCACCAUCAUUAUUGUUUAUCCCUGUGCUCCAACAGCCCAGCCUUCUGAUGGCUCCCUUAGGUGAAGUUGGGAACUAUUUCGGUGUGCAGGAUGCAGUACCGUUUGGGAAUGUGCCCGUGUUGCCGGUGGACAGCCCGGUUUUGCUAAGUGACCACCUGGGUCAGUCCGAAGCAGGGGGGCUUCCCCGGGGACCUGCAGUCACGGAUUUGGAUCAUUUAAAGGGGAUUCUCAGGCGAAGGCAGCUCUACUGCAGGACUGGAUUUCACUUGGAAAUCUUCCCCAAUGGUACUAUCCAAGGAACCAGGAAAGACCACAGCCGAUUCGGCAUUCUGGAAUUUAUCAGUAUAGCCGUGGGCCUUGUCAGCAUUCGAGGCGUGGACAGUGGACUCUACCUCGGCAUGAAUGAGAAGGGGGAGCUGUACGGAUCAGAAAAACUAACCCAAGAGUGUGUAUUCAGAGAACAGUUUGAAGAAAACUGGUAUAAUACGUACUCUUCGAAUCUCUAUAAACAUGUGGACACUGGAAGGCGAUACUAUGUUGCAUUAAAUAAAGAUGGGACCCCAAGAGAAGGAACGAGGACUAAACGGCACCAGAAAUUCACACAUUUUUUACCAAGACCAGUGGACCCUGACAAAGUACCUGAACUAUAUAAGGAUAUUCUCAGCCAAAGUUGACAAAGACCAUUUCUUCACUUGAGCCCUUAAAAAAGUAACCACUAUAAAGGUUCUGUGCAGUGGGUUCUUAUUGAUUAGCUGUGUCAUCACAUCUGCUCCACUGUUGCCAAACUUUGUCGCAUGUAUAACAUAGGAUGGAGGCUUGGAUGGGGACGUGCUGACUUUGUGUUGCACUUACAGGCCUGUCCUCUGGGAGGCCUGCCUGUGCCCACUUGAUUUAUUGUGAGAAGAGACAAGGGUGUGUGUAUGUUAGUGUGUGUAUGAGUGAGUGUGAGUGGAUGAGAAGCAGGAAAUCAAAGACAGGAGCAAAGUAGAAGAUGGUGGCCUGAUGCAUGCUGGGGAAUAGACACACUUUCACAUGUCCAAUCAGUUGUCCUUCAGCUGGUAUCAGCACAGCUGCCACACUUUGACUCAUGAGAUCUUGGCUGGUGGCCUGCUCAAGGGUACACUGCAUUUGCAAAGGCAUGGAGGGUGCAGUCUUACUUAAGAGACCUUUUCAGUUAAUUCUCACUGGUGCCAUCCCAGUGAAUUUAAAGCAAAGAUCUCUUAGUAAAAAAAAAAAAAAAGAAAAAAAAAGUUAAAUUUAUUUAUAGAAAUUCCAAAGGCAACAUUUUAUUUAUUUUAUAUAUUUAUUUAUUAUAUAGAGUUUAUUUUUAAUGAAAUAUGUACAGGCCAGAUAGGCAUUUUGGAAGCUUAGGCUCUGUAAGCAUUAAAUGGGAAAGUCUGCUAUGAACCUGUGGUGAAUUCAUGCAAAUGAAUAUAACUUUGCAUGGAUAUGAGAAAUUCUGAUGACCCUUAAUGUACUGAAGGCGACAAUCUCUUUUGUGCCCGUAUUAUUGUAAACUUAUGCACAUCAUUCAUGACACUGAGUAUUCACUCUUCAGAAUGCUUGUUUCAUAGCUUAUCCCAGAGGAUUAAAGAUAAACUGGGUCUCAAACUUUUAUUCUGUGUCUGUACUAUUUACUCUCUCAUAAGUGACUGACGCCAUCCUUGUAAUGUCACAGUUGGAAAAUAUGAGGGUCAGUAUAUAUCCGACUCGUCUAAAUCUAUUGCAGAAUGUACCAAAGCUAAGCAGUAGCCAUGCUUUUAUUUUAGUUGGUCUCUAGAACAACAGGAUGAACAUCAAACAUUGUACUGAUUUAGAGUUCUCAAAAAGGAAAAAAAAAAAAAAGCUUACAUAGCACAGAUUAUUCUUUAAAGGGACACCUGAACCAGAUUAGUAGGAUCAUUCUUGUAAACUUUUUAUUUGUACAUUUGGUUAUCAAAUAUGAAAUUAUACAAGUACCAUAGAGGUCAUUGUAACAUUUUUAAUGGAAAAUUGAUUUUGGUGUGAACUGUCAUAAUACGUGGUAAUAGAACCUUCAAGUAAAACUUG